UACCCAGCAUGCAUUGUGAGACUACAACACUUCUUCCGUAUUGUGCUACAAAGAUCAACAGGUUACCAAGGGCGGAAAUAUUGUCCACCGAUCAGUCAAAAGAUUUCACUAGCUGACGCUGCAAUAUGAGGAACUUUUAAUUUGAUUCGUCUUCUUGAAAAACAGACAAUUUUUCCUUCUAUUUGGGAAUUUUACAGCCCCCAUUCAUUCCGAUGUCAACAAGCUUUCCACAAAGUCAACUCUAUCAGAUUAUGAUAAAGUGAUACACAAUGCUCAGUGCAAUAUGCAUGUAUACUUGAAAGACGGCAAGGAAAGGCGGUGGAUCACUGAUGUCUAUUUGCUAAAAGGAUUCUGCCCUUGUGUGGGCAGUGAUGCACCAAACAAGAAUUUUUCGGAUGCCUCUCGCAUGGAACCAGCUAUCUGGUGUAAAGUUCUCUUACUAGAGUCUGUAUCUGUGGAUUGCAAUCGCCGUAUGAUUUCCUGGAGUACUGGAAGGCCUGUAGAUAAGGCUGAUGGCGAAGACAACUCUCCAAAUCAGUUUACCAUCAAUGAUGAAUGUUCGGGAUAUGAUGCUGAAGAUGAACUUUUUGAUUUGGCAAGAGCAAUCAUCCAUAGCUCAAGCUCAUCAAUGAAUAAGGAUUUUGAGGAUGAAUAUGAGCUGAACAUUCUGCGAAUGCUCCACUGCUUUAUCCUCCCCAAGAUAACUCUUCACAAGAGAGACAUCGACAAGGUUGAGUUUGCAUUGGAGCAGCAGAUGCAGAACAUCCAAGCCCUCGAUAACAAAGUCAUUGAACACUGUCAGUCAUUAGAUCUACUAAUGAAGAAGCUUGAUAAAUUGCGUGAAGACCUUCUCCUAAAUAUUGUUGACCUUGCUAUCGACGGGCAAUGCUCACAAGACAACCUUGAAUUCCUAAUCGAUGACAUCACCAAAGAAGAGACGAGACUCAGGAAAAUGAUCGAUGAAGCACAAGAUGAGGUCGAGUCUGCCAAAGUCCAGUUGUCAAGUGGGACAAACACAGGGGUCUUAGAAACUUGCUUACAAAAGGCUAGAGCCAACAGGGAUAGCCUCAAUAACAAGCUGUUAAAAGUCCUUGAAGCGCGCGAGGGACUAUCAGACGUUGAGCCUCCCAGAGGGGCCGUCAACUGCCAAGCGGUCACAGAGUACAUGCAGAAGAGGACCAAACUGCAGAAGAUGAAAGAUGACAGGAGCCAACUUCUAGAGCAAAAGAAUUGUGCCCUGAGUGUGCGUGAAAUGCUUGACGGGAUAAUGAGUGACUUGAAGAAUAAAGGAUUCUCUGACGCUAAUGAUGCAGAUGCUCUGGGUACCCGCGCUACGGACGUAAUGCAAGGCGUUUGGCAUCCCGAGUGGCAAAAACUGGGUGAGCGGGUCGCAACCAUCGUCAACAACCCUGACCACCCAAUUGGCAUCAAUUUCGACAAUUUCUGCACAGAAAUCCGCGAGACGUGCCAAGAGCUGAUUAACUUGGGAAGAAAGAAUUCCGCCAUUCCUGUGGAUCCCUUCCCUGAGGGAAUAACCGAGAUGGCCCUUUCAAAUGCUGAAUUCUACGGGCUGCAGGAUUUUCUGGUCGACUCAUACCGCGAGAAUCUCAAGUCUCUACGAGCCCGGCUUUUCCACCAUUUCGGCAGCGUCACGGAGUUGCUAUCGGAGACGUUCAACAACAGAGAUUACCAGUUCAAGAAUCGCCUCCGCUUGGCGUAUGAACAGUGUUUUUACGAGAAGGAAGGAAGCUUUUUGUCGUGUGUGUACGAGUUGGCGCAUCAUGAGCAUGUGACCCUGCUUGAGGGAGGAAUAAGGCGCCUCAAGCAGCUGCCAAUCAAACUACUCAAUCUCCCAAUGAAAGACGAGUGGUGGCUGGAGAUAUUCGAGGCGCGCACACGCAUUGCAAGUCUAAGCUGUCACGUGUUCGAAGCCUCACAUCGGGAACCUAGUGACGAGAUUGAAAGAGCGCGUAACAUCACGGGCUCGUAUGACAUGAUUGAUGAACUUGACGUAGACGAUUUCCCACAGGUAUCCCAUUGCGAGAUGAAGAGGUUUUCGGAUACUGCAAGUGUGCGUAGCUUCUUCAUAAACACCGUUCGUGCGCGAUCAAAGACCAUGAACUUUGAGUCUCGGUCUGCUAGCUCCAGCGACGAUGAAUCACAGGACUUCGUAGUAUGCGAUGCUAGAAAGCGGCCCAAAUCAUGCUCUGAAAUCCUAAGUUCUAGUGCCCCGGAGCACAGAGUGACACUUGGUGACCUACUGGACAAAUGGGAACGGAAUGGAAAGCACUUACUCGCCCGGACCUACUCAAAAAGCUACACCAACAUGAACACUACAACGAGAGCUACGGAAGAACCUCAAAAUGAGGUCAACGCGACACAGGACACGUUUGAGGAUCACUUCGGCCCCGCCUUUCAGAACAUCCUGGACAUCUUCCAGGCCGUCAGCCCCAUGGCCAAGUUAAAGUGCUUGACUGCUUCCCUACGGAAGAUCACUAGCAAGGUGGCAGACCUGAGGCUGCUGGAGGGAGGGGACCGUUUCUCAGUGGCAGUGACCGCGGAAGACCUCCUUCCCCUGCUAGUGCUGAUGAUGCUGCAGAUGGAGCCGUAUGACGCCGCUGCCAUCUGGCCUCAGCUAGCACUGGUGGAGGACCUAAUGGCUUCUUUCCUUGCAUCUGGAUGUCAUGGAUGGGCUCUGACGGAGUUCCAGAUGGCACAGAGAAUUCUAACAAACCUGUGUUCACAGUUCUGAGGACCAGAAUGUUUUAUUUUAGAUUGCAAAAUUGGCAAAAUGAACAUCUUUUACCAUUCUUAUUUAGAAUUGAAACAUUGAUGAUAGGGGCGACAGAUAAACUAUUUUCAUGUUUUGAUAUUCCUCAUUGCACGAGCAUUAUGUCUCUAUUAUUCUUUGUAUAAUAGUCGCGUAUCCUACACUUUAUAAAAAAGGUGAAAUAACUAAUUGCUGCGACGCAGGAGCAGCAUACUAAUCUUGACAUCGCUUUUUGAAACUCUCUUUCCUUUCCAUUCACGAGCAUCCGCGGCAGAAUAUAUGCGGGUGUUUGGUUCGAUUUUGGUUUGGGGUCUUGUUCCGCAGCCUCACUUUGAAAAAUGAGGCCGCGAGAGACUAGAACUAAAUUUCAGUUUGACAGAUUGACAGACGAACAAUCGAACGUUGUGCCAUAUUUUGACAUGGGACUCGUGAUCUCUCGUACGGUGUUCGUGGUCAAUAAAUCAACAAGAGGAGUGCACAAGCAAGAUUUUUAGAGCACAUUUCAGUAAGUUUGGAAAAAUGUUCACUCGUCAGUUACUUGGGACGAGUUACCACAGCUUUCAAAGAGUGUUGAUAACAGAGUGUUAAUAACAGUUUCAGACCGAUUUUGCCGACUUAUUUUGAGCCGGGUCGAAAACGUACCAUUCGUACCAGCACACGCGCCAUGGUCGCGUCCCCCGCAGUCGAUUGAGGUCUCGACAAAAUUAGACACUAAACAAGCAAAACGAGCAUCCUAACUCAAUGCCUAAAUACUCUAGCUCACUUGGCUAUGGACUGUACGGCGUUUGGGAAAACUUAUCAGUUCAAAACAAUGACCCAAUGCCUUCUAGUAAUUGAUGAAGAGCAUGCAACAAGUUUUAGCAAACCCAAGUGAUGCUAAAAGGUGAAAAACACCUUGACAGAAAAGCUAAUACUGUAAAACAAUCAAAACAGAUUAUUAUAUCGUUUUGUUCAUGAA